CACCCUCUGGAAGCGAAUGCUGGAAGACACAAUUUUGAUCGAGUGCCAUAACUAUCAUCAUCGUUUUCGUCGUCGUUGCUGUCGUCUAUAUCGGGGUUGCUGCACUCAUUGUUGGACACCGCACACCGCACAACGGGAUCCAACUAUAUCCAAAGAAAAACCAAUGAUUCGUCUUCUUCGACCUCCGUAUCAAAAAAACAGGAAGAGAACAAAGRAAAAGACAAGAGGCAGCGGCAACAAGCCAGUGCCAGCAGCAAUAAAGAUUCCUGACGGGAGACGCACGGGAACCGUGAUCAGGAAUGAUGGCAGAUGCAGCACCAACCCAAGCGCCAACACGAAGACCAACCAAACGACGCAAACGGGCACCGAAGAUCACACCAACGCGACGAGGACAACUCCUGCUACUCGCAGCAACAAUGCGAUGCGCGAAAACGAAGAAAACGAAAACGAAGAAAACAACGCCGUCCCGGCGACGCUGUGCAUCGGAGGCAUACUUUUGCGGAUCAUCGGGUACCUCCCCUCCAAGCAACGGCAACGCUCGUGCACGCUGGUGUCGAAGGGGUGGAGGAGAGCUGUGCUUGCGGAACCAACGGCCGGUGGCAACAACAACAACAACGACCAGUUCUUGCCCCUAGUGCUGCGCAUCGAAGACCCGGUGUCGAUGGGAAAGGGCACACACCACCGCAAGACCAGAGCGAAGAAGAACGUGAGGAACGACAAAUACGGAUACCGGGACUAUGGGAUCUGCGAGACCAAACCCGCGAAGCACGGAUGCUCGAAGAACAAAAACAGAUCGAAACAUUUCGACGACGACGACGACGACGACGACGACGAUGACGAGGUCUUUUGGUUCCCUCUCCACGCCAUCGGACGCCUCCCCCGAGGGGUUGCGGCGAGGACGACGAAACUAAUCCUGGUGCUGAAGUUCGUCCGGGACUAUGCGGGGGAGUACGACCUGAACGAGUUUGCCUUUUGCGACGGAAAGCCCCUCGCGUUUUUAGGCCGCUUCCGAAACCUGCAAGACCUGACCGUUUUGUCGGAGUACGCCGCGGACCAGUUUGCUUCGAUCCUGUGCCGCUGCCCCGGUCAAGAGCCACCGCGGCUGCUUUCUCUGAAGCGGAUCCAGUACGAGGAGACCAACGCCUCGGACUGGAGAAGCUCCUCCCUCGGGGCCUUUGUGGAACUCGCACCCAACCUCGAGGUYCUGGAGCUGCGGGAAAACAUCGUGCGAAACUGGGACACGGGUGGCGAGCUGUUUCCGACCGAACCCAUCUCGGACCUCCUGCCGCUGGCGGGAACCCUCCGCCAGCUGGUCCUCUUCAACCGACACAAUCUCCACGGGGACUUUGGGGCGUUCCUCGAGCGGAUGCCCCUGCUCGAGUCGUGGGACGUCUUUUGCUGGGGGGUGGAAAUGGGACGCUGGCCCACGGUGUGCGGCCUGGAAACCUUUCGRACCUUUCGGGACAACGCCUACCGGGGGGUCGACCUCAACGAGCCGCAAGAAUUUGUCUGCUUUCUCAAGGACGAAACCGAGUUCAUCCUCACCAUGCAGGAGGCGGUUGCGGAGUGGUUUUUGCGCCUGGACGAUCCGAACCUCCACCCGUGGAGGCACCGAGUCCCCACMAUGGUUGGGUACCUCGAUGCACUCGUCCGCGAAUACUUUGGCCCGGAGGGCGGCUUUUACGAAGACCGACCGGUCCGGCCCUACCCCCUCCCGACGCUGGUCCGCCUGCUGGGGGUCGAUCCCCACGCAACCACUGGCUCGUCGUCGUCGACGUCGUCGUCGUCGUCGUCGUCGUCGUCGUCGUCUCUCACCGCUAGACCAAAGGGUGGCGGUUCCGGGUAUGCCAGUUACUGCUCCCUUUCCAAAACCCAAACCAGGCUUUUGAAUUUCCACCGGGUGGUCAAGCCGUGCAUGGAGAUUUACCACGAGGAGUUUCUGUAUUAYAGUGAUUUUUAUCGCUACAAUCUGUUCCGAAGGAUCAAGCAGCGCAUACAGCUGGGGCGUCUGGUCCGCUGCAUUUCGVUUCCAAGCGACCGGUAUCGCCAAACACCCGCCACCUGGUUCGAGAAAGCAUUCUCGGAACACAAUGGCUUUCAUCUGUUGGCCUAGCAAGCACGAUACUCAUGCAACGAUAAAGGGGGGGACCAAAAGGCAACUUGAGCGAAAGCUCUUCAUCUCAGUGAUGUUUUUGCCGUACCACAUUAAGCUGUU